AUGAAACUCCUCCCUGUAGCAGCUCUCAGCAAUGCCUUUUGCCUGGCAUUACUCCUCCUGCAUACUGAGUCGACUCAGCCUCCGUUCUCGUGUGACUCCGAAAAUCCACAGACUAAAUCCUUCCCAUUUUGCCAGACCAAGCUGCCAAUUCGAAAAAGAGUGCAGGAUCUUGUUUCGCGCCUGACAUUGGACGAGAAGAUAACUCAGCUAGUUAACUCAGCACCUGCCAUCCCGAGACUAGGUGUGUCUCCGUAUGAGUGGUGGUCCGAGGCGUUGCACGGUGUCUCCGGUUAUGGUCAUGGCGUUUCAUUCAUUGGAAGUAUUGGUCAUGUCACUAGCUUCCCUCAAGUCCUCCUCACUGCUGCUACCUUUGAUUCUCAUCUUUGGUACCGCAUUGGCCAGGCGACUGGGACAGAAGCAAGGGCAGUAUACAAUGCAGGGCAAGCAAAGGGGAUGACAUUUUGGGCACCAAACAUAAAUAUUUUUAGGGACCCAAGAUGGGGAAGAGGGCAAGAAACACCUGGGGAAGAUCCAUUGGUUGCGGGAAAUUACGCAGUAGCGUAUGUUAGAGGAAUACAAGGGGACAGUUUUCAAGGUGGGACGCUAAACAAUGGGCAUCUUCAGGCCUCUGCUUGCUGCAAACACUUCACUGCUUAUGAUUUGGAGAAUUGGAAUGGAGUCAUGCGCUACGGAUUUGAUGCUCAGGUAACACAGCAAGAUUUGGCAGACACUUAUCAGCCACCUUUCAGAAGUUGUGUAAAAGAUGGGAGAGCCAGUGGGAUAAUGUGUGCCUAUAAUCGCGUGAACGGGGUUCCAAAUUGUGCUGACUACAAUCUCUUAACCAAAACAGCUCGUGGAGAAUGGGGUUUUCAUGGGUACAUCACCUCCGACUGCGAUGCAGUUGCUGCAAUGUAUGAUGUUCAAAAAUAUACAAAAUCACCUGAAGAGACAGUAGCAGAUGUACUCAAAGCUGGCAUGGAUGUCAACUGUGGCACCUUCUUGAAAAACUACACUAAAUCAGCAGUUCAGCAGAAAAUGCUCCCAGAAUCUGAAAUAGACAGAGCCCUUCAUAACCUUUUUGCAGUUCAGAUGAGGCUCGGAUUGUUUAAUGGAGAUCCAAAUAAACAACUUUUUGGUAACAUUGGUCCUAAUCAAGUCUGUACCCAAGAGCACCAGGAACUAGCCCUUGAAACUGCUAGAAAUGGCAUUGUCCUAUUAAAGAACUCUGCGAAGCUUCUUCCUCUUUUAAAGAACAAAAUAACAUCGCUGGCUGUAAUAGGCCCAAAUGGUAAUAAUGCAUACGCACUUCUUGGAAACUAUGAAGGGCGUCCAUGCAAAUCUGUGGAAAUUCUCAAAGCGCUCCAGAGCUUCGUGAAGAACACCAAGUUCCACCCGGGUUGUAACGCAGUGAAUUGUACCUCUGUUGCAAUCGAUGAUGCUGUUAAUACAGCAAAGGGCGCAGACUAUGUGGUUCUGGUCAUGGGAUUGGAUCAAACUCAAGAAACCGAGGACCACGAUCGGCUCUAUCUGACACUUCCUGGUCAGCAAGAGAGUCUCGUCACAGCCGUUGCCGAGGCUGCAGAUAAGCCGGUUAUUCUUGUGCUGGUUUGUGGAGGUCCUGUCGACGUUUCUUUUGCAAAAUAUAAUCCAAAAAUAGGAAGCAUCUUGUGGGCAGGUUAUCCUGGUGAAGCCGGAGGAAUUGCACUUGCAGAAAUCAUAUUUGGUGACCAUAAUCCAGGAGGAAAAUUACCCGUCACUUGGUAUCCGAAAAAUUUCAUCCGAGUACCAAUGACUGACAUGAGAAUGCGGCCCGAACCAUCCUCAGGAUAUCCAGGUCGCACGUAUCGCUUCUACACUGGAGAAAAAGUGUUCGAGUUUGGCUAUGGUCUCAGCUACUCGGCCUAUACAUACAAAUUUGUCUCUUCUACUCCAAACACUAUCUAUUUAAAUCAAUUGUUAAAUUCUCCGACAACUACUGAAAGCUCAAACUCACUCCAUACUCUAUCAGUUUCCGAUAUGGGAGAAGACAUCUGUGAGAAAGCCAAGUUCUCUGCUGUAGUCGGAAUCGAGAACUUGGGGGAAGUUUCCGGAAGACAUGCGGUUCUCCUGUUUGCAAGGCCUAUCAUGCCUAGCCAACGAAAUCCCUUGAAACAAUUGGUUGGAUUUCAGAGUGUGAACUUAAAUUCAGGAGAAAGAACAGAACUAGAAUUUGUAAUAAGCCCCUGUGAACACCUUAGCACAGCCACUGAAGAUGGUUUGAUGGUAAUAGAAGAGGGGUAUAAAUACCUGAUGUUAGAAGAUGAAGAGCAUCCCAUUAACAUUGUUGAAUCAGAAGAGAGGCAAGAACUAGCAGCAAUGGUGGUUGAAGUGUACGGACCCGAAUAUGCUUCAAGUAAGCGUGUAAUUGUUAGCCUUAUCGAGAAAGAGAUUGAAUUCGAUGUUGUUGAUGUCGAUGCCUUUGAGGGCGAAAACAAAAGCCCCGAUUAUCUCAAGUUGCAGGCAUAUUCUCAAGUUGAAUCAGAAGAGAGGCAAGAACUAGCAGCAAUGGUGGUUAAAGUGUACGGACCCGAAUAUGCUUCAAGUAAGCGUGUAAUUGUUAGCCUUAUUGAGAAAGAGAUUGAAUUCGAUGUUGUUGAUGUCGAUGCCUUUGAGGGCGAAAACAAAAGCCCCGAUUAUCUCAAGUUGCAGCUCCAAACUGGGAAUCACACCAGAUCAGAAAGUCAUUCAAGAAAACGAGGCAAACAGGGGAAAAUUCUGGAUAUCUACGAGGAAAGGCUGUGGACGAAGAAAUACCUAGCUGGAGAUUUCUUCAGCUUGGCUGAUCUUAGCCACCUCCAACUUGGUCAUUACUUGCUAAAUGGUGUUGGAAAGGAGUACAUGAUAAGGGACAGAAAACAUGUGAGUGCAUGGUGGGAUGUUAUCAGCAAUAGGCCAUCUUGGAUGAAAGCUCUUCGACUCUUUCCUUAUCCAAAUUGA